UCUGCCUCGGAGCUCACUACUCGACUACUUCUCGCAGCAGCAGGAUCGUCAUCUUUUUCCUCUUCUCACAAAAAGUUUGGACGCUUGACGACCACACCCACACUCAGAACUAUUAUUACUAAAUCUCGGUUAUCAUCAUGAGGGAGAUUGUGCACAUUCAAGUCGGCCAGUGCGGAAACCAAAUCGGAGCUAAGUUUUGGGAAAUCAUCUCGGACGAGCACGGCAUCGACCCCACUGGCUCGUACCAUGGCGACUCUGACCUCCAAUUGGAGCGGAUUAAUGUAUAUUACAAUGAAGCUUCAGGAGGAAAAUAUGUCCCCCGUGCUAUCCUUGUCGAUUUGGAGCCAGGAACGAUGGACUCUGUUCGAUCCGGUGCGUUUGGUCAACUCUUUCGUCCCGACAACUUUGUCUUCGGACAGAGCGGAGCAGGUAACAACUGGGCCAAGGGUCACUACACGGAGGGAGCUGAACUCGUAGACUCUGUCCUUGAUGUGGUCAGGAAGGAGGCGGAGGGGUGCGAUUGCAUCCAAGGAUUCCAGUUGACUCACUCCCUUGGAGGUGGUACCGGAUCAGGAAUGGGAACCCUUCUCAUUUCCAAGAUCCGAGAGGAAUACCCAGACAGAAUCAUGAACACGUACUCAGUCGUCCCCUCCCCAAAAGUUUCCGAUACCGUUGUAGAACCCUACAAUGCCACCCUCUCUGUCCACCAAUUGGUCGAGAAUACCGAUGAGACCUAUUGUAUCGACAACGAGGCCCUGUACGACAUUUGCUUCCGAACUCUCAAACUUACCACCCCCACUUAUGGAGAUUUGAACCAUCUUGUAUCCCUGACAAUGAGUGGUGUCACGACGUGUCUUCGAUUCCCUGGACAACUCAAUGCCGAUUUGAGGAAAUUGGCAGUCAACAUGGUUCCCUUCCCCCGUCUUCACUUCUUCAUCACAGGCUUUGCCCCCCUCACUGCCCGAGGCUCUCAACAAUAUCGUGCCCUCACAGUCCCAGAACUCACUCAGCAGAUGUUCGAUGCUAAGAACAUGAUGGCAGCCUGCGAUCCUAGACACGGACGUUACCUUACCGUUGCAUCCAUCUUCCGUGGACGAAUGUCCAUGAAGGAGGUCGACGAGCAAAUGCUCAACAUCCAGAAUAAGAACUCCUCCUACUUCGUGGAAUGGAUCCCAAAUAACGUCAAGACUGCCGUCUGCGACAUUCCACCCCGAGGACUCAAAAUGUCAGCCACCUUCAUCGGAAACUCUACCGCCAUCCAAGAACUCUUCAAGCGUAUUUCGGAACAGUUUACUGCCAUGUUCAGGCGCAAGGCUUUCUUGCAUUGGUACACUGGAGAGGGCAUGGACGAGAUGGAAUUCACUGAAGCCGAGUCCAACAUGAACGACUUGGUCUCCGAGUACCAGCAGUACCAAGAGGCCACGGCCGAGGAAGAGGGUGACUUUGAUGAGGAAGCUGAGGUCGAUGAGAACUAAAGGUUUUCGAGAAGCAGCUAUGAAUCCACUGCCCUCAACAUCUACCGUGUUAAUUUUCAUUACUGAGAUUCACUCUCCAUUUCUUUCUACAAUUUAUAUAUCAUCCAUGGUGUGGCUUGGCUUGUAAAAAGGCUAGAUUUAGACGUAAAACUAUACACAAUUUUCCAAGUGUUCAGUUAAAUUUUUAGCAGACAAAAUUAACAGCACAACAUCAACUCGAGUGUGAAAAAGCUACUUAACAACAACCAGCCAUAAUAAUUAUAAUGUUAUGUAUAAUAUGAGAUAAGCUGUUCUGUCCACUUUUUCUAUAGAAUCUGCAGCCUUGACCCCUUUUAAUAAUUUAUUACUUUCUUAUUUUCGAUAUUAAUUCGUACCAAAAAAGGAAAAUUUAUAUAUUUAGUUAUGAAGCAGUUGUUCUUUGAUAAUAGCUUUUGUAAAAAAAGAAGGCAUAAUUUUUUAGAAUUCCUAUUAUUACUCAUUCUUGCUCAUGAUGGUCAGCUAAAAGUGUGAGUGAAAUGAAGUAAAUUUCAUGUGUGAGAAAGACAACUACUGUAACGCAACUAAAAUGUAAAGAUUUUCUUGAAAGAGUAUUAUAAAUUUGCUAAUAACAAAAUAAAUGUUGAGCUAAAACAUA